UCUCUCAUGGCUUUGGACUUACUUUGACUCUUGUAUAGUACUAUCACUGUAGCAAGUUAGCAACUGCUCUCUCUCCCUCUCUCUCUCUCUGCAGUUAGGGUUGGUAGUGGUGCGGUAGUUUUGGUCCCGCAGAGAAAGUCAUCCCCAAACGCCUUUUUCUCUUCGAUCCCAACCCCGUGAAAUCACGUCAGUGGUUCAAAUCGCGUGAAGAAUCGGAGAGGGUUCGUUUCCUUUUUUCUCAAAAUCCUCUGCCCCCUCCCUCUUGAAUAGCAAUUUCUCUUCACUUCUACUUUCCUGGCAAUGCUUCGGUGAGUCUUGGGUCUAGAUCUACGGGGUGCACGGCAUUGGCCCCGGCUUGGUAGACAGGUGGGUUCGGGGCUGUUGCUGCGAUGGAGAGUUCGCAGUCGUCGAAUCGUUUUCGAAGAAUUCCGCGCCAGCCUAACUACGGCGCCACCUUUGCUCAUCUUAAGUUGGACCCAUUGCUUGAUGAAAAUCUGGAGCAAUGGCCGCAUUUAAAUGAACUUGUCCAUUGCUACAGAACUGACUGGGUUAAAGAUGAUAGCAAGUACGGGCACUAUGAGAGUGUCAGUCCAGUUCUUCUUCAAAAUCAAAUAUUUGAAGGACCUGACACUGAUAUUGAGACAGAGAUGCGUCUUGCCAGUGCCAGGCAAGCAAAGGCAGAUGACACUACUGAUGAUGACGUCCCUAGCACUUCGGGAAGACAAUUUACAGAGGCUACAUCUUCCGACUCUAAGCAUUUUGGUGUAUCUCCGCUGCCUGCUUAUGAACCAGCGUUUGAUUGGCAAAAUGAGAGGUCAAUGAUAUAUGGCCAGAGGAUUCCGGAUUCUCAUGUCUCACAACACAGCAGUGGAUUGAAGAUCUCGGUGAAAGUGUUAUCUCUCUCAUUUCAAGCAGGAUUAGUCGAGCCAUUUCACGGUACGAUAAGCCUGUACAAUAGGGAGAGGAAAGAAAAGUUGUCAGAAGACUUUUAUUUUCGAGUGCUACCAACUGAGACACAGGAUAGCAAAAUGUCAAAUGAGCCACGUGGAAUUUUCUAUCUGGAUGCACCAUCAGCAUCAGUUUGUUUGUUAAUCCAGCUGGAGAAACCCGCAACUGAAGAAGGCGGAGUUACUCCAUCCGUUUAUUCACGCAAGGAGCCUGUGCACUUGACUGAGAGAGAGAGGCAGAAAUUGCAGGUGUGGUCCCGAAUCAUGCCAUACAGAGAGUCCUUCGCCUGGGCUAUCGUUCCAUUAUUUGAUAACACCAUUGGUGCAGCUUCUGGUGGCUCUGCUUCUCCUAGUAGCCCUCUUGCUCCUAGCAUUUCUGGGUCCAACUCACAUGAUGGGAGUGGAAUUUCAAAGAUCACAUUACAUGGGAAGCUGGGUUAUUCAAGUGGAAGCUCAGUUGUAGUUGAAAUAUCGAACUUAAACAAAGUCAAAGAAAGCUACACUGAGGAUUCACUUCAGGAUCCAAAACGCAAGGUUCAUAAACCUGUGAGAGGUGUUUUGAAACUUGAAAUUGAAAAACACCAGACUGGUCAUGUGGAUUUGGAGAAUGCAUCAGAAAAUGGUAGCAUGACCAAUGAUUCUGUUGAUCCAGGCGAUACUAUUGCCGCUUCUACUUUGUCAAAAUGUCCCAGUAGUGGUUCUGAUGGGACCCCAAGUAGCAAUGCCAAAUGGCAUUCCUUUGAUGGAAAAGAAGCCUCAGACAAUAGAUUGAACAGCCGAGGAAAUUCAGAUUUUAAUGCUGAUGAUUUCCAAGCCUUCGACUUCCGCACCACAACAAGGAAUGAGCCUUUCCUGCAGCCUUUUCAUUCUCUCUAUGUAUAUCCCCUAACAGUGGCUUUGAGUCGGAAGAGGAACUUGUUUAUACGGGUUGAACUUAGAAAGGAUGAUGCUGAUGUACGUAGACAGCCUCUGGAGGCACUGUAUCCAAGGGAGCCAGGUGUGACACUACAGAAGUGGGUCCACACACAAGUCACCGUUGGAGCUAGGGCACCUUGCUAUCAUGACGAAGUUAAACUUCUUCUUCCUGCCAUUUGGACUCCGCUUCAUCACCUAUUAUUCACUUUCUUCCACAUUGAUCUUCAAACAAAGCUUGAAGCUCCAAAGCCGGUGGUGAUUGGUUAUGCAGCACUUCCACUGUCUACACAUGCUCAGUUGCGAUCUGAAAUUUCUUUGCCAAUCAUGAGAGAGCUAGUUCCGCAUUAUCUUCAGGAUGCUGGAAAGGAGAGGUUGGACUACUUGGAAGAUGGGAAAAACGUGUUUAAAUUGCGCUUAAGACUCUGCUCAUCUUUGUACCCUAUUAAUGAGCGAGUUAGGGAUUUUUUUCUUGAAUACGAUAGACACACACUGCGGACAAGCCCACCCUGGGGUUCCGAACUUCUGGAGGCUAUUAACAGUCUAAAGAAUGUCGACUCUACGGCUUUACUCCAGUUCCUUCACCCAAUCUUGAAUAUGCUACUACAUCUUAUAGGCAAUGGUGGAGAAACCCUUCAGGUAGCGGCUUUCAGAGCUGUGGUGAAUAUUCUGACUAGGGCGCAACAGGAGUCUGUGGAUGACAAUGAAAGAAAUCGUUUUCUUGUUAACUACGUUGAUUAUGCAUUUGAUGACUUUGGGGGACGUCAACCACCGGUUUAUCCUGGUCUCUCCGCUGUAUGGGGGAGCUUAGCUCGAAGUAAGGCUAAAGGCUACCGUGUUGGACCGGUCUAUGAUGACGUAUUGGCUAUGGCUUGGUUUUUCCUCGAACUAAUUGUCAAGUCAAUGGCCUUGGAGCAGACUCGUCUUUUCUAUCACGUUCUUUCACUAGGUGAAGAUAUUCCACCUAUGCAGCUGAAAGAAGGCGUAUUUAAAUGCAUAUUGCAGUUGUACGAUUGCCUUCUAACAGAAGUCCAUGAGCGUUGUAAGAAGGGAUUAAGCUUGGCAAAGCGGUUGAAUAGUAGCUUGGCCUUUCUCUGUUAUGAUCUCUUAUCAGUGGUUGAACCACGCCAAGUUUUUGAACUAGUGUCCUUGUACCUGGACAAAUUUUCUGGAGUAUGUCAAUCGGUUCUUCAUGAUUGCAAGCUCACAUUCUUGCAGAUUAUAUGUGACCAUGAUCUUUUCGUGGAAAUGCCUGGAAGAGACCCUUCAGAUAGGAACUACCUGUCAUCUGUCUUGAUACAAGAGAUUUUCCUCAGCUGGGAUCAUGAUGAUUUGUCUCAGCGUGCAAAGGCAGCUAGAAUAUUAGUCAUCCUCCUAUGCAAGCAUGAGUUUGAUGCGCGAUAUCAGAAGCCUGAAGAUAAACUCUACAUUGCACAGCUAUAUUUCCCACUCAUUGGACAGAUCUUAGAUGAAAUGCCUGUCUUUUACAACCUGAAUGCUGUGGAGAAGCACGAAGUUCUGAUUGUUAUUUUGCAAACUGUGCGCAACCUAGAUGAUGCUUCACUUGUCAAGGCGUGGCAGCAAAGCAUUGCUCGAACCCGACUAUUUUUUAAACUCAUGGAAGAGUGCCUUACUCUCUUUGAGCAUAGGAAACCUUCUGAUGGCAUGCUCCUCGGCUGCAGUUCUCGCAGCCCCACUGGGGAUGGACCUGUCUCCCCAAAAUACUCUGAGAGACUUUCUCCUGCAAUUAACACAUAUCUUUCGGAGGCGUCAAGACAAGAAGUUAGACCUCAGGGAACACCUGAAAAUGGUUAUUUAUGGCAAAGAGUGAACUCCCAGUUGAGCUCCCCCAGUCAGCCGUAUUCUUUGAGAGAAGCCCUAGCUCAGGCUCAGUCUUCAAGGAUUGGAGCUUCAGCUCAAGCACUUAGAGAAUCCUUGCACCCAAUAUUGAGGCAAAAACUGGAGCUUUGGGAAGAGAAUUUAAGUGCUGCUGUCAGUCUUCAAGUUCUGGAAAUAACUGAGAAAUUUUCCACAAUGGCAUCAACUCAUAGCAUCGCAACGGACUAUGGGAAACUCGAUUGCAUAAGCGCUAUAUUUAUGAACUUCUUCUCCCGAAAUCAACCACUGGAGUUUUGGAAAGCUCUAUUACCUGUCUUCAGCAGUGUCUUUGAUCUUCAUGGAGCUACCCUUAUAUCCAGGGAGAAUGAUCGAUUCUUAAAGCAAGUUGCUUUUCAUCUGCUGCGGCUAGCAGUUUUCAGAAAUGAUAGUAUUCGGAAACGGGCUGUUGUUGGGCUUCAGAUACUUGUUAAGAGUUCUUUCUAUUACUUAAUGCAAUCUGCAAGGUUAAGGGUCAUGCUGACUAUUACAAUAUCAGAGUUGAUGUCUGAGGUGCAAGUCACUCAGAUGAAAUCUGAUGGUACACUAGAGGAGAGUGGUGAGGCGCGGCGACUUAGAAAAUCUUUGGAGGAAAUGGCAGAUGAAGGCAAGAGCCCUAACAUAUUGAGGGAAUGUGGUCUUUUUGAAAAUACUCUCAUCUCAAUUCCAGAAAGAUUGGCAGAAAAUCGGUGGUCCUGGUUGGAGGUCAAAUAUCUCUCUGAUAACCUUCUUUUGGCACUAGAUGCAAGCCUUGAGCAUGCUCUUUUGGGACCUUUAAUGAAUAUGGAUAGAUAUGCUGCUGCAGAGAGUUAUCAUAAACUUGCUAUGGCUUUUGCCCCUGUCCCGGAUCUUCACAUUAUGUGGUUGUUGCACUUAUGUGAUGCACACCAGGAGAUGCAGUCUUGGGCUGAAGCUGCACAAUGUGCUGUGGCUGUUGCUGGUGUUGUAAUGCAGGCCCUAGUAGCUAGAAAUGAUGGUGUCUGGAGCAAAGACCAUGUAACAGCACUACGUAAAAUUUGCCCAAUGGUCAGCAGUGAGAUUAGCUGUGAGGCAUCUGCUGCAGAGGUUGAGGGGUACGGUGCUUCAAAACUCACAGUAGACUCUGCUGUGAAAUAUCUGCAGCUUGCAAACAAGCUUUUCUCUCAAGCCGAGCUUUAUCAUUUCUGUGCAAGCAUUCUGGAGCUCGUGAUUCCAGUCUACAAAAGCAGGAGAGUAUAUGGACAGCUGGCAAAAUGUCACACCUUGCUGACCAAUAUCUAUGAGUCAAUCCUUGAGCAGGAAUCGAGCCCAAUACCUUUUACUGAUGCUACAUAUUAUAGAGUGGGGUUCUACGGUGAAAAAUUUGGGAAGCUGGAUAGGAAGGAAUACGUUUAUAGGGAGCCCCGUGAUGUGCGCCUUGGUGAUAUUAUGGAGAAGCUUAGUCAUAUUUAUGAGUCCCGGAUGGAUGGAAAUCAUACACUGCACAUUAUUCCGGAUUCUAGACAAGUAAAAGCCGAAGAGUUGCAGCCAGGAGUCUGCUAUCUACAGAUAACUGCUGUUGAUCCUGUGAUGGAAGAUGAAGAUUUGGGGAGCAGAAGGGAGAGGAUCUUUUCUCUGUCUACUGGCGGGGUCCGUGCACGCGUAUUUGAUCGCUUUCUGUUCGAUACUCCAUUUACCAAAAAUGGCAAGACUCAAGGUGGGUUAGAAGACCAGUGGAAGAGGCGGACGGUUCUUCAGACUGAGGGCUCGUUCCCUGCCCUUGUGAACAGGCUCUUGGUGAUUAAAUCUGAGUCUCUUGAGUUUUCGCCAGUAGAAAAUGCAAUUGGCAUGAUUGAAACCCGAACAGCUGCACUGCGCAAUGAACUCGAGGAGCCCCGCAGUUCUGAAGGAGAUCAACUCCCUCGCUUGCAGAGUCUACAGAGAAUUCUUCAAGGCAGCGUCGCAGUCCAAGUGAAUAGUGGGGUUCUUACUGUUUGCACGGCUUUCCUGUCGGGUGAGCCUGCCACGAGGUUGCGGUCCCAAGAGCUACAGCAACUCAUCGCAGCACUUCUUGAAUUCAUGGCUGUUUGUAAGCGUGCAAUACGGGUUCACUUCAGAUUGAUCGGGGAGGAAGAUCAAGAAUUCCACACGCAGCUCGUGAACGGGUUUCAAACUCUCACUGCAGAGUUAUCUCAUUACAUCCCUGCCAUCCUCUCGGAGCUUUGAAAUUGUUGUACUAUCACUUGUAUCGAGUGUAUGUGCCUAGGCUUUUGGUUUUCAUUGGCAUCUUUUGUAGUUUAAGUUGCCUCCUUUCACCCCUUGCCAAAUAGCAUCAUUUGUUGUUUAUGUUGGUAGGAGAAUGUGUUCAUAUCCCCGUCAUGUGUAAUGUCAUCUGUAAUUUCCGUUGCGGAAGAUGUGGAUGCUUUCAAGAAUUGUUCAUAUCUUUGACCUGGUUCUUGAAUGUGAAAUGCCCAACGAAAUUCUGCUUUC